UUUUUUUAUCGAAGAAGCUGUUCGACGAUUCUUCUCUCUAGAGAGGAUCGGCGUUUGCUUGCGCCUAGGAGGAGGGAGUUGUGGAACGCUUUGGAUAAAAGACAGAAAAAAAAGAAGUCAAAUCAACAAGAGGCUGUGUCCUCUCCUCGGCUGAGGGACAACAAUAAAACAAUGACACCGGAGAUGGAUAUUCCGGAGAAAGCAAUGGUGACAAUCACACGUCUCAUCGAGCAGCUUCACGCCAAGAAAUCAUCAGCGCAAGAGAAAGAACUCAGCACAGCUCGGCUUCUUGGUCUAGCCAAAGGCAAAAAAGAGUGUAGAAAGAUCAUUGGACGGAACGUGAACGCCAUGCCUUCCUUCAUAUCACUUCUUAGGAACGGAACACUUAUGGCCAAACUCAAUUCAGCAUCAAUCUUGACUGUUCUAUGCAAAGACGAAAACAUUCGUUCUAAGGUACUGAUAGGCGGAUGCAUCCCUCCGCUUCUAUCACUUUUGAAAUCUGACUCUGUGGAUGCAAGAAGAGCUACGGCUGAAGCCAUAUAUGAAGUUUCUUUGUGUGGAAUGGAUGAUGAUAUUGUUGGUACUAAGAUAUUUGUCACGGAAGGCGUGGUACCGAGUUUAUGGGAUCAGUUGAAGAUGAAUAAGAAGCAAGAUAAGACAGUUGAAGGAUAUUUGGUUGGAGCUUUGAGAAAUCUUUGCGGCGAUAGAGAUGGUUUUUGGACAAUAAUGCUUGAAGAUGGCGGAGUUGACAUUAUCUUAAAGCUUAUGCAGUCUAGUAACCCGGUAUCUCAAUCAAACGCAGCCUCUCUCUUAGCUCGUCUCAUUAGGAUUUUCACUUGUAGCAUCUCAAAGAUAGUAGAGUCAGGUUCUGUCCAAGUUCUUGUUCAGCUUCUAGGUGAGGAAACCGAUGUUUUUGUGCGUGCCAAUGUAGUCAAUGCUCUUGAAGCCAUCACAUCAAAGUCAGAAGAAGCUAAGAGUGUGGCUAGAAAUUUGGAUGGGAUUCACCUUCUCAUUAGCGCAGUGGUUGCUUCGUCUAAAGAUGAAGAAAGCGAACGCGUCUUAAAGAGUUAUGGGACACAAGCUUUAGCAAAUUUAUGUGGAGGAAUGUCUUCUUUGAUAUUGUAUCUUGGAGGGUUAUCAUUGUCUCCACGACUCACUGAGCCUGUGGCUGAUAUUCUUGGAGUUCUUGCUUAUGCUCUGAAGAAUUUUCAACUAACUUGUGGUGAAGAUAGAGAAGCAUAUGAUCCAACAGUAACAGAAGGAGUACUAGUGAAACUAUUGAAGCCCCGGGAUACUCAACUGAUUCAAGAACGUAUCUUGGAGGCUAUGGCAAGUCUAUAUGGAAAUCUUGAUGUAUCGAAAUCACUCAACAAUGUGGAUGCUAAGAGGGUUUUAGUCGGCCUAACAAUCUUGGCCACGGCCGGUCCGCGUGAGCGUAUGACAACAUGUUUGUCAAGUUUAUGCAAAUAUGAGAAUGUUUGGGAAGCUAUUGGGAAGAGAGAAGGGAUUCAAAUCCUUAUACCGCUUCUUGGUUUGUCCUGCGAACAACAUCAAGAACUGUCCGUUGAGGUCUUAGCUAUCUUGACUGAUAAAGUCGAAGAAAGUAGAUGGUCUGUUACUUCUGCAGGAGGGAUUCCUCCAUUACUACAAAUACUAGAGACUGGCGUGUCUCACAAGGCAAAGGAUGAUGCGGUUCGUGUCCUUUGGAACCUAUGUUGUCACAACGAGGAAAUUCGUGUCUGCAUCGAGAAAGCAGGAGGUAUUCCAACGCUUUUGGGGCUUGUAAAGAACGGUGGACCAAAAUCUCAAGAGAUUUCAGCGAACACGCUUGUGAAACUGAUAAAAACAGCAGAUCCAAGUGUUAUCGAGCAAGCUCAUUUGAUAAGAGUUCUAGGUCAUGUUCUUGCAUCAGCUUCGAUAGAAGAAUUUGUCACCAAAGGUUCAGCAGCGAAUAACGGAUUAAGAUCUCUUGUUCAAAGACUUGCUUCAUCAAACGAAAAGAUGAAAGAUAACGCAGCUUCUGUCUUGUCUGAUCUAUUCACUUCAAGAAAAGACCUUUGUGGUGGUCUUGGCUUUGAUGAGAAUGAUAAUCCAUGCACAAAGCUUUUAGCCGGGAACACUCACGCUGUUGCAACGCAGUUAGCGCACGCGCUAGGCUCUCUAUCGAAUCCAAAACUCGGCCAAAAGAAGUUACCCGGUCGAGAAAUCGAAGUGAUCAAACCAUUGAUAAAGUCAGCAAAGACAAACCCUAUAGAAUCAACAGAGAACCCUAUCUCCACUCUUGCAAACCUUCUUUCAGACCCGAAUAUAGCAGCUGAGGCAUUAGAUGAUGAUGUUGUUUCCGCUUUAAUUAGAGUAUUAAGAGAAGGAACACUACAAGGUAAAAGGAAUGCUUCACAAGCUCUUCAUCAGCUACUUAAGCAUUUCAAGGUUAAUGAUGUGUUUAAAGGAAACGAUCAAAGUACUCUCCGUUGUGUAGCUGAAGGUCAUCCUUUGGUGCAAGAUAAAGCAAUAGAGAUUCUGUCUCGCUUCUGCAAGACACAGUUUGUUGUCUUAGGUGAACUUUUGGUCACACGAUCGAAAUCAGUUUCUUCGUUGGCUAAUAGGACAAUUAACUCAUCUAAUCUUGAAAUCAAAGUCGGAGGAGCUAUGUUGCUUGUGUGUGCAGCAAAGAACGACAAGAAAUUGUUCGCAGAAGCCAUUGGACGAUCAGGGUAUUCAAAAUAUUUAGUGUGCACUCUUCUUGAUAUGUCAAAGCAGAACUCUAUAUGUUGUUCGUAUAAAGUUGAAAUUCAAAGACCAAGAUCUUUUAUCAGAAGCAAUUUGUGCUUAAAGAUCGAUGACUCUGAAAUAGUUGAUCCAGUUACAAUCAUGGGAAGUACAGUCUCCAUGUGGUUACUCUCCAUCUUUUGUUCUUCUCAUUCCCAGAAUAGACUUGCCGUCAUGGAAGCCAGUGGAGUUGAGAUUAUUGCAGAGAAGCUUCAAAGAUACAAGUCCAUCACGCAAGAGAAUUUCUUGGAGUCUGAAGAAAAAUGGAUUGCAAUAUCAUUCCUAGCUGUUAUGUCUCAGGAACCAAACAUUGUCUCAUCUCCAGCAACAUUAAAUCUUGUGCCAACUCUAGCUCUUUUCAUGGAAUCUGAUCAGAUCAUUGAUAGAUAUUUCACUGCACAAGUAUUGGCAGCACUACUUCGCCAUAAGAAUGAUAAAAUCACUGCAGAAAUCAUAAAUUCAGAUAUAGUGAAAGCUCUGAUAAACGCGAUUGGGAAUGCAGAAUCAGACACAGAGAAUCUUGGUGCCAUAGCAGAAGAGUUAUCUCUGUCACAAAACCCUUGUGAGGCUACUUUAGAGGCAGUAUUCGAAGAUGAAAGAUUAAGAGACGGUUCAUUUAUUCCUUUACUAGUGAAUCUCUUGAAGCCAAAUGCAAAUAAACGUGGAGCCUUUAUAAUAGUUAUUCGGCUUCUGAGUCGUAUUGCAGAGUGGGGAGAUUCAAGUAAAUUACUUAUCGCUGAAGCUGGAGCUCUUGAUGCAUUAGUGAAGUACCUUUCAAGUCCUCAAGAUUCGUCUGAGGUCGCCGUUUCUGAACUGUUAGGAUCACUCUUUCGCAGUCAAGAAAUCACACGGCACAAAGGAGCUUUAUCCUCCAUGAAGCAGCUCAUAGGGAUUCUUCAUAACGCUUCGAGAAGUACCCGUUAUAACGCGGCAAGAGCUCUUAGUGAACUCUCCAGCUCCGAGCACAUAAGAGACUCUGAAUCAGCAUGGAAAGCGUUUUCUCCUCUAAUUGAUAUGUUGAAUACUACACUGGAGAGUGAAAGAGAUGUUGCUUUAGCUUCUUUAGUGAAGCUAACUAUUGGAAAAUGCCCAAGGAAAGAUAUUCUUAAUAGUCUUGAAGGAAACCCAUUGGAGAACAUCUACAAGAUUUUAUCUUCGGAUAGUUCGUCGCUUGAAUCGAAGACAAGUGCUGCGAGGAUAUGCUCUUUAAUGUUUACCAACGAAGGUUUGAGAGAAAGCUCGUCGGCCGGAGAUUUCAUUGUACCUCUUUUAUCACUUAUCCGGUCAGGAGCAAGCAGUGCUGUAGAAGCUGGGAUGGUUUCAUUUGAUAGAAUAUUGGAUAGCAAAAGAUACUCAGAAGUAGCAGAAGAACAUGAUUGUGUGAAUCUGUUCUUCGGAUUCACGGCUUCUGGAAACUAUCCGAUCAGCGAGGCUGCGAUUUCUUGUCUUGUGAAAAUGGCGAAAGACAAGUCUCCGCGUAAAAUGGAUCUGAUUAAAAUGGGGAUAAUCGAUCAAUGCCUUGGUCAGCUCUCCACAUAUCCAUCAAGCUCCUUGUGUUCUGUAAUCGCAGAGCUUUUUCGAGUUUUGACCAAUGUUGGUGCUGUAGCUAGAAGCCAAGAAGCGGUGAAAAUGGUACAACCGCUUCUCUUGAUUCUGCUUAGACAAGACUUGGAUUUUCAAGGCCAGGUCGGUGGUUUACAUGCGAUAUCAAACAUUUUGGAGAAGCCAAUGGUUCUUGAAUCGUUAAAAACCGCGUCUUCAGCGAUCAUUACGCCUUUGAUACCGUUGCUCGAAUCCGAAUCUAUAGCGGUUCAACACGCAGCUGCAGAGCUACUAACUUCUCUAUUAGAAAUGCAACGUUUCCAAGAAGAGACCACGACUAAAGAUCUCAUCGCUCCUCUUGUGAAACUCGCGGGGAUACGAGUAAGGAACUUACAGGAGAUCGCGUUGACCGGUUUAGAGAAAUCCUCGGUUAUAUACACAAAGGAAGUAGCGGAAGCCGAAGGAAUUCAAGAGCUUUCCAAGGUCAUUAUCGAUGAAGAUCCUCAGCUUUUUGUAUCUCUUUGGGAAUCAGCAGCUUUUAUACUCUGCAACAUCAUCAGAUUCGAUCAAGAACACUAUUACUUUACAGUAACCAUACAAGUUCUUGCGAAAAUGUUGUUCUCAACAGCCGAGAGCACGGUGAUCUUAGCCAUCGACGCAUUGAUCAUCCGGGAGAAGCAAGAUUCGUCGAGUGUUCUUGAUAUGGCUGAAUCCGGCGCGCUCGACGCAUUACUCGAUCUGCUAAGAUCACACCACUGCGAAGAACUCUCAGCAAGAUUACUCGAACUAAUACUCCGAAAUCCAAAGGUUAGAGAGAACAAAAUCUGCAAAUCGGUGAUAACUCCGUUGUCAGAUUACAUACUAGACACAGAGACAAGAUCAGAAUCAGCAAAGCUUCUCGUGGCGAUGGCUCUCGAGGAUGUUUCUCAACACGAAGGACUCGCGAAAGCCGUGGAUUCGGCUUUAGCUUGCCGUGCACUGAUAAGCUUGAUUGAGGAAGAACCAACCGAUGAGCUGCAAAUGGUUGUGAUGUGUGCGUUGGGGAACUUUGCAAUGUACAGUAGAACAAGCAGAAAAGCUAUGGCGGAAUCUGGUGGUGUGUGUUUGGUUCAAGAGAUGCUUAAAUCUUGUAAUCCACAAGUUUCUACUCAAGCUGCUCUAAUGAUCAAGUCUCUCUUCUCUAAUCAUACUCUUCAAGAGUAUGUCUCUUGUGAUAUCAUCAAAUCUCUAACAGCUGCGAUGGAGAGAGAGUUUUGGACGACGGCGAUGAUAAACGUGGAAGUGAUGAGAACGCUAAACGCGAUUCUCACGACGUUUCCUAAACUCCGUUCAUCGGAGGCGGCAACGGCUUGUAUCCCUCAUCUAAUCGGAGCUUUGAAAUCCGGCGACAAAGAAGCGAGAGAUUCGGCGUUGGAUACGAUCUACACGCUAAGACAAUCGUGGACAACAAUGCCGACGGAGACGGCGAGGACUCAGGCGAUUUUAGCGGCGGAGGCGAUACCGGUGCUUCAAUUGAUGAUGAAAUCGAAAACUCCGGAGGAAAGCUUCCACGAGAGAGGAAACAACCUCUUGAAUUGCUUGCCGGGGAGUUUGACGGUGGCGAUCAAACGCGGAGACAAUCUGAAACGCUCUAACGCGUUUUGUAGCUUAAUCAUCGAUAAUUGCCCCACCAAAAAAACCAAGGUUGUAAAACGCACAAGCUCACCGGUUUGGAAGGAAUCAUUCACAUGGGACUUUGCUGUUCCUCCGAGAGGACAGUUUCUUGAAAUCGUCUGCAAAUCCAACAACAUUUACCGAAAUAAAAAUCUUGGUAAAGUGAGGAUACCAAUCGACAAAGUGUUGACGGAAGGGAGUUAUAGUGGAAGGUUCAGACUGAAUGACGAAAACAAGAAAGAUGAUGGUUCUGAUAGAAGUCUAGAAAUCGAGAUUGUUUGGUCCAAUCAGACCUUUUAAUGUUCAAAAGCUCAAACUAUAAAGCUAAAUCCUAUGUACUUUUUUUUUGCUAAAGGAAAUCCUAUGUAUUUUAAUUAAGAGAUUCUUAUAAUUAUAUACUAUUAUUUAUUGUACAGUAUUAUUAUAUGAUUGUUGAGAGACUCAUAU